AUGGUGCUAAUUUGCUCUUAUAACCGCUGUUUUGUCAAAUCUACACAAUUGAUCACAAUUAUAUAUAUCCUGUUAUAUGUAAUCAAACUUAUAUCAGCUGAUAAUGAAAUCAACGUCAAUAAUAACGAAAAACUCGUAUUAGAAAAUUCAUCAUCCAUUCCAGUAGAUGAGCAAUCGAAUGAAGAUAAUCAUGUGUUAAACCUAACAACAACAAUUAAUCAUGAAGAUGAAAUCACGAACAUAUCUAACAAUCCACUAUCUCCGGAUAAGGAAGAGCUUACUGUCAUAGACAGUAAUGCUGAUUCACUCCCAUUGAUAGAAGAAGCUGAGAGGACUAUCAUCAAAAAUUUAGCGAAUACUAUUCAUUCGACCGAUGAAACUAUUGAAAAUGCUAGUCCAAUACAAAAAGAACAAACAGUGCAAACAACUUCAGUCAUAGAAGAAGAAUUUACAAGCACAACAACUACAGCAACUUCUGAGGAACAUCAACAAAAUGUGAAUACAUCCACUUUAUCUAAAAAAAAACCUGUCAGUUUAAUUAUGACUAUAUCAUUGAUGAUCACUUAUUGUUAUGUUGUUUUAAAAGAAGUGGAUGGUCAAGCACCAUCUGAUAUAUCUGCGUCGUUGCAAGCAACUUUAACGUCAUCACAAGCAACAAAAAAAUCAAAAUUACGAAAAAAUUUUGCUAGUUCAUCGUGUGGAGCAAAAAUUUUGGCUAAUAAUCCAGAAUCAUCAAAUACCGCAUCAAUAUUAUUCUCAUCACCGGAUGAAUAUAUGUUGAAUCCUUGUAAUGCUAAAAUAUGGUUUGUACUUGAAUUAUGUGAAUCAAUUCGUAUUCUUAAUAUUGAAAUAGCCAAUUUUGAAUUAUUUUCAAGUGUACCAAAAACAGUUCGUGUAUCUGCUAGUGAUAGAUAUCCGACAAAAGAUUGGCAACGUUAUCAAUUGGGAACAUUUAAUUGUACAUUUAAUCGUACGAUUCAAAGUUUUCAAACAGCACAGUUUAAUACAUAUUUAAAAUAUGUUCGAUUUGAAUUAGUCGAUUUUUAUGGUCGAGAACAUUUUUGUCCAUUGAGUAUAGUUCGUGUACAUGAUGAAAUAAUGACGAUGGAAGAAAAUAAUGGUCUUGUAGAUAAAAGGGAAGAAAUCACUAAACAUUUGGCUGAUCUCGAUGAUGAUUCUAACGAUGAACAACAACCAUCAUCUGUUAUUGGUUCAGCUAUCAUUGAUCUAGCAAAAAAAGUAUUUAAUUUACAUCAUCCAACACAACAAGAACAGUCUUCAACAAUAAAUCCCAUUUUAUCUAGUACUACAACUAGACCAUUAUUGCCAGCUGAGUUAGAUCCAUUGAAAAAUUCGAACUAUAAUAAAUGUAAUAGUGUAUCUUCAACAAGAAAUGUUACCAACAAAAAAUAUUCACUUUUAUCUUUUUUAAAACAAUGUGUCUCUCUACUAUUUGGUAGAGAAAUAAAUAGUUGUAUAGAACCAAUUGUAUUCUGUUCAUUGCAUAAUACAUGUUGUCAGUGUUACAUAAAUAAUACUCAAUUUAAUAAUUCAAAUUUGACAACGCCCAAUUUAUUAUCUCAUCAAUGUGGAUAUUAUUAUUUAUUAACAAUAAGGCAUUCAUUAAAUAAACAAGUGAAUACAUCAUAUUCAUCUCAGAAAACAAUGAUUAAUUUAAAUGAGUUUAACGUUCAAAAUAAAACGAAUUUAACCAAUAAUACAUCAUCAACACUAGUUCACAAUCUCAAAGCAAAUGAUAAUUCAACAAAGAAUGUGACAUUAACAAACAACGCUCAAGAAAAUGUUCAAGAUGUAUUAACAAGCACAAAUGCUCCUCCAUCAGAGGAUUCAAUUCUGUCUGAUAGUCCAUUGAUUAAUGACUAUCAUCAUCCUAAUACGACAAUAGUCGAACCAUUAUUAUCAAUUCUACCAUCUGUACCCCUGAACACUUCGAACGAUUUAAACAUCGAUACAGAAUAUUUAGACGAUAGUUUGCGAUCAAAUAUAUCUAAUAGUAUAAUAGAAACAGUGAAUGUCACAAUAUCCACUCUAAUUAAUGACACAGAGUUGUCAACAUUGAGUAGAUCAUCAAGUUCUGUUAUUAACGGUGAGUCGAUACCUUCAACAGUAGUAAGCCCAUGGUUAAAAGGACUUUUAAUGAAUACAAAAACAUUACCAGAAUUACUUAAAAUAAUUGAAAAACUCAAUUUUAAUUUAACAUUGAGUAACAGAUAUUUAGAAGAACUUAGUCAACAUUAUUUAAAAAAAUUGGAUGAAACACAGCUUGUCAUUGAUUUGCUAUCGAUUGCAUCAAAAGCUGCUGAUGAAAAAUUAAAAGAGUAUGGUAAAAACAUUGAAGAAUUUCAACAUAGUCAUACGAUUUUAAAUGAUAAAAUUCUUAAAAUUGAAUAUUCGACAAUUGUAAUUGUUUUUAUUCUUGUAUUCAUGUUUUUGUGGUGUGUAUUCUGUACAUAUCGUCUCAUUCGAUUACAACGAAUUAUUGAUGUGCAUUUAUCGUUGAUCGAUAUUAACAAUCAAUCAAAAAUCGGUUAG